AUGGCCCAAAAGUGGAAAAUUGUUGAACUAGAUAGCAAGGAUCUAUUAGAGAAUGUUGUAGAUCAGUCCAAAGAGGUUGAUAAAUUGAAACAAGCAGAAGCAGAGGGUUGCCAGGUGUUAAUGGAGAAAGACAUGGCGAAUACUAGUGAUGCUUUUGUACUAAAACAGACAGAAGAUGGACACAGAAAAUCAUUGAUAGAGACAGGUAUAAAUAGCCAUAAUGAAACUACUCUAGUCGAGCAGUUGGAUGGACAAAGCGAGAGACUUAAGAGGAUAGGUACUGAGGAAAUUCAUGGAGAAACCAUUGAAGCACAAGAAAAGGAGUUUUAUAAGGAUGUGGCAGAAGAUUCAAAUAACUCAACCAAUGAUAAGGAUGUGGUAGAAGAUUCAAAUAAUUUAAUCAAUGCUGAGAUGCCAUGUAGUUCAGCUACUGUACAGUUAAAAGAAGGUAAGAUGGAAGUUUUUCAUGAAGGCAGGAUUGAGGAGCCAUGUGUUCAGGAUGUUGAUCUGAUUAAUCGGAGGGAACCAUCAUCUGAUGCAACUGCUAUGGAGAUUGAGGUAGUAUCUAACCACAAGAUCUUUUUGAAUAUGCAUGAGGCAGUGGCUCUGGAACAGGACAACAGAAUCAUACACAAGAACAUGGAGGCAACAACAGUGGAAGGUAGCCACACGCUGGAUAGUGGACUAAAUUCUGAUCUAGCCAAUGUUAAUGAAACUCAUGCUGCAUGGGAAAUAAAAAACCAGGAAAUUUUGGACGUGGACAUGCAAGUAGCAAUGGAUGAAAGACAAGAUCUACAAGCUGUGACAAAAGGAAUAUGUCAGAAGAUACAGCAACUAGCAAGGGAGGAAAGACACAAUUUAGGAACUACAACUGAAAAUAACAAAACGAAUAUGUUAGAAGAUGCAGACGUUCUUGUCUGCGGGCAAUAUCAAAAUGGUCUAACUCAUACCAAGGUCAAGCCUACCAAAGGAAUACAAAACCAAGAACUUUUGAAUAACAAAGAAGUGAGUCCACCUAUAAUAUAA